AUGGUAUGGAUUUCAGGAAAAUUGUGUGUUCUUGUGUCCACCUUUCUUUUCAUCACCCUAGUUUCAUGUACCAAUAACAACCCAUCAACAAAGAAAACAUACAUAAUACAAGUAGAUAAGUGGGCAAAACCAGAAGAAUUCAGUGACCAUAAACAAUGGUACUCAUCAAUGAUAAAAUCAGUAGCAUCAACACCCGAAAAAGAAGAAGAUACAGAUAAUGACAGGAUGCUUUACGCUUACCAGACUGCAUUUCACGGAGUUGCUGCUCAACUUAGUGAAGAAGAAGUUGAGAUGCUGCAAGAACAAAACGGUGUGGUGGCUGUCUUCCCCGAGAUUGUAUACCAGUUACACACCACAAGAAGUCCUAAGUUCCUUGGGCUCGAGCGGGAAGAUGGAAUGCAUGUCGAUUCUCACAAAAUAUCUGAUCAUGAUGUUAUUGUAGGCGUGCUGGAUACCGGGAUAUGGCCCGAGAGCCCGAGCUUCAAUGAUAGCUCUAUGAGACAGGUUCCUGCUCACUGGAAAGGCACGUGUGAUGUAGGUCGCGGUUUCACUAAACAUCACUGUAACAGAAAGAUAGUGGGAGCUAGAGUGUUUUACCGUGGGUAUGAGGCAGCUGCAGGCAAAAUUAAUGAACAAGAAGAGUAUAAAUCGCCUCGAGAUCAAGACGGCCAUGGCACUCAUACUGCAGCAACGGUUGCCGGUGCUCCAGUUCUUGGUGCAAACCUUUUGGGUUAUGCUUAUGGUACAGCCCGAGGGAUGGCCACUGGAGCGAGGAUUGCAGCUUAUAAAGUUUGCUGGGUUGGAGGGUGUUUUAGCUCAGACAUUCUCUCUGCAGUUGAUCAAGCCGUGGCUGAUGGAGUCAAUGUUUUGUCCAUUUCUUUAGGUGGUGGAGUUUCAUCUUAUCAUCGGGACAGCUUGUCCAUUGCAGCUUUUGGGGCUAUGGAGAAGGGAGUUUUUGUUUCUUGCUCGGCUGGAAAUGGUGGACCAGAUCCCAUUAGCCUCACGAAUGUUUCUCCGUGGGUCACUACAGUUGGAGCCAGCACAAUGGAUAGAGAUUUCCCGGCUACUAUUAAGCUCGGGACAGGCAAAUAUCUGACUGGAGCUUCACUAUACAAAGGCCGAAUAAACCUUUCCACAAAAAAGCAGUACCCUUUAAUCUAUCAUGGAAGUAACUCAACCAUUCCCACACCAAGUUCAAUGUGCUUAGAAGGAACCCUUGGUCGUUCUGCAGCAGGAAAAAUUGUGAUAUGCGAUCGAGGAAUUAGUCCCCGAGUUGAAAAGGGACAGGUGGUGAAAAAUGCUGGAGGAGUAGGCAUGAUUUUGUCAAACACUGCAGCCAAUGGGGAGGAGCUGGUAGCAGAUUGUCAUCUUCUCCCGGCAAUUGCAGUUGGAGAAACCGAAGGAAAAACGAUCAAGCAUUAUGUUACAACAAGUAGAAAUGCUACUGCAACUUUAGCAUUCCUUGGGACCAAGCUAGGAAUUAGGCCAUCUCCAGUGGUGGCCGCUUUUUCCUCCAGAGGACCUAAUAUCCUGUCACUAGAGAUUCUGAAGCCUGAUUUGGUGGCACCAGGAGUGAACAUUCUUGCCGCUUGGACUGGAGAUUUGGGACCAUCGAGUUUACCUACAGACCAUCGAAGAACGAAGUUCAAUAUAUUGUCUGGAACUUCCAUGUCAUGCCCACAUGUUAGUGGCAUUGCAGCACUGCUCAAGUCCAAGCAUCCAGAUUGGAGUCCAGCUGCAAUUAAAUCUGCAUUGAUGACGACAGCUUAUAUUCAUGGCAACAACCAAAAUCCUCUGAUAGAUGCCUCAACAGCCAGACCUUCCUCACCAUAUGACCAUGGUGCAGGACACGUAAAUCCAGUGAAAGCUCUUGACCCAGGCUUGAUUUAUGACAUUGGAGCACAGGAUUAUUUUGACUUCCUGUGUACACAAGGUCUGGAACCCUCCCAAUUAGUAGUAUUUGAGAAAUUCUCCAACAGAACUUGCCGACACUCUCUUCGCAAUCCUGGGGAUUUGAACUACCCUGCCAUCUCGGUUGUGUUCCCGGAGACAGCAAACGUCACAUCUGUGACCCUACGCAGAACAGUCACCAAUGUUGGUCCUCCAAAUUCAAGCUACCAUGCUGUAAUUUCACCACUCAAGGGUGCAGUUUUGAAGGUUGAACCUGCGAGACUAAAUUUCAACAGCAGACUUCAGAAACUAUCUUACAAGAUUACUUUCACUACAAAAUCUAGACAAACAGCUCCAGAAUUUGGAUCUUUGAUAUGGAAUGAUGGGUUACAUAGGGUAAGAAGCCCAAUAAUAAUCACUUGGCUACCACCAGUAUAA